UACGCCUCACACCUCUAGGUAGUGGAACGUCUCGCAUCACGUCUCCGCGUUUUAAAACAUUUAUGAUAAUAUAAGAUGCAUAACUAGAGUAGUGAUGUUUGAAUGAGAAUAUGGGAUAUUUCUAUACAUGUUCAAUAUUUAAUAUAAAAAAAGUAAGUAAAACUAUAAUGAAAAGGAAAAGUUAAAAUGCAAGUUAUUCAUGAGAAAUCAUGCGUAGAGGCCUCGGACAUCAAAACCCAUUCAUCGGAGCUCUUGCUUUUGCUAUUUAUAAGGACAAAAUCAUUUCAUUCAUCACUCUUACUUGCUUCCUUGUCAAUCAAACAGCUGGAAGAAAGAGUGAGUGUUUCUGUCUGAAGUUCUUGUAAGCACAUUGAUCUUCAUCUCUCUUGCGAUUUUUUCUUCACUCGAUUCUUGGCUCGUGAUUUCGAGGAUUAUUCUUUUCGACAAAUACGUUUUGAUGAUUAUGUCUAAUUUUAGGGUUCUAUUGUUUAGCACAUUAGUUGGUUUAACUUAAUCUCUCUCUUUCUCUCUCUCUCUCUCGUUAAGCUGGAAAUUCCUUUAGAUAACUGUAUUCUUGAAACCUUGAGUCUUUUCCUUGAAUGCCUUCUAAUCACUAGUCGUCCUGGUUUUCUCCAAUUGAAUAUGUAGUGCUGAUUCCUCUCCAUAUUAAUCCAGUUCAUUUGGCUUUUUAUUGGUUGACAUUGAACUGAAACAAGUUUUACCCAAUGAUAAUAUAAGAUGCAUAAGGUGAUGUUUGAAUGAGAAUAUGAGAUAUUUGUAUACAUGUUCAAUAUUUAAUAUAAAAAAAGUAAGCAAAACUAUAACGGAAAGGAAAAGUUAAAAUGCAAGUUAUUCAUAAGAAAUCAUGCAUAGAGGCCUCGGACAUCAAAACCCAUUCAUUGGGGCUUUUGUUUUCGCUAUUUAUAAGGAUGCAUUCAUUUUAUUCAUCUCUUACUUGUUUCCUCAUCAAUCAAACAGCUAGAAGAAAGAGUGAGGGUUUCUGUCUGAAGUUCUUGAGAUGGAGAUAGGGUUGUCAAGUGAUGACAUACCCAUUGAAGUCUUGUCUCGGUUGCCAGCAAAGACAUUGCUCGGACUAAAGUGUGUAUCUAGAGGGUGGCACCACCUUAUUUCUGAUCCUGCUUUCAUCAGGGUUCAGAUACAAAGGUCAAAAGAAGCCAUUUCUGGGUUCUUCUUCCAGGAGAAGUUCCAUUGGUGUGAUGCAGACAUUGAAACUCUAAGUUACAUUCCUAUUGGAAGGGAACAAGCCGUCGUGAAGCACACAGUAUUGGAUUUUCUACCUGAGAAGGUUGUCAUCAUGGACUCAAGUAAUGGGCUUAUUUGCUGUAGGAGUUGUAUGCCUGCUCCGGAUCCAGUCAUCUAUGUCUGCAACCCUUCAAACAAGGAGUGGGUCACAUUAAAGUGGGCCAAACCAGAGAAAAGCAAAAGCCUUGCCUUACUUUUUGACCCAUUUUGCAAUCCUAUAGAUACCCCCAUGAAUUUCAAGGUGAUUAGUGUUCAUCAAAUAGAGACUGAUACUGAUUUGUACUUCUCAUUUAAAAUCUACUGUUCAGAAAAAGGAGCAUGGAGGGAAUCCAAGGAGAACUGUUUUUGUCAUUAUGAUUUGUUUAAGAGAAAAGGGGUUUUCGCUGGUGGGGUUUUACAUUGGCUAACCAAUGGGGACCAAAUCCUUACAUUCAAUGUAGAAAAUGAGCAGUGCCAAUUGAUUAAUCUACCAACUUCCACCAUCGAGUGUAAUGACCUACCUGAGAUGUGCAUUGGUGAAGCCGAAGGACAUCUACAUUAUAUUAUGAUCUCCACAUCUGGACUUCAAGUUUGGAUCCUUGAAGACUAUAGUGGACCCAAAUGGGUACUGAAAGACUCUAUAUCAUUAGCCAUGAUGGAGGAAGAAAACCCACAAUUCCUCUAUAAUUUGUUGCAGAGAACGGCAGGACGGGUUACAUUUGAUAUGAUACCAUGGAUAGAACCUUUGGCUUUCAAAGAUGGACUCUUGCUUAUGAGGGUGUCCUCUAGAAUGUAUUUGUACCACCUUGAGUCAAGGAGGAUGAAGGAACUCUGCUCCCUUACAAAACUGGGACCUAACUCUCUUGUGUAUCCAACAGUACUUCCCUAUAGCAUGAGCUUGAUUCGACUGGCAUACCCAUGAGCAGUAUGAGGAAUACCUCUAUGAAAUCAUAUCAAAGGUUGUGAAAGAAAUAAUGAUGGCAUGGGUGCAACUUUUGGGGGUUUUGAAUGGAUUUAUCAUGUCUAAACAGAAAUAGAGUUUAAUGCUUUUUCAUUUAAUGGUUGAGCAUUUUGGCAUGGCUGCUGCUUUUUGAAGGUUCUGACUGCCUUUAUCAUGUGUAAAGAGAAAUAGAUUUUAAUGCCUUUUAAUUUUAUGAUUGAAGAGCAGUCCCUUUGUACAGAUCCUUGGUGUACAUGGGCUCAUUUUGAUAUAUUAAUGAGAAGUUAUACUUUACCUUUUUUUAAAAAAAUUCCAUUUGUCAAAUACUUGUUAUUAGUUUUGUUACUUGCAAAGUUUAGCCUUAGUGAAGCAGGUCUGUGAUAAGUUUUCAUGUUCAUUAUUGCAUUUAGACUUAUGAAAGCUGAGCUAAGUUUAGCCUUAGUGAAGCAGGUCUGUGAUAAGUUUUCAUGUUCAUUAUUUUUAAUAUUUUAAACUAUUGUAUCUCUACAAUGGCUGAAUUACAAGCAGUGAUACAAAAAGUGAAACUAGCAUUCCAAACACAAUGAUAAAGGUUGACUGUGGAGGGGGAUUUGAAAACAGUUGAGUUAGCUCAGGGCACAUGUAGAAGGAUGAUUCCCUGGGUGCCCAGAUCAACAAAUACUUUGGCUGAUUCCCUGGCUCGUGAAGGAGUAAAUAAGCAGAAAUUAAGACGGGGAGAGUACCAUCUGGGGUAAGUUGUAAGUGGUCUAGGGAGGGGCUCUUGAUGGGGCAGGAUAAUGUUUAUACUUGUAUUUUGUUGCUUUUUCCCAGUUUCACUCCUUGUACCUUAUACAAUUCUUUUAAUAUGGAUAAAAAUUACUUCUACUGAUAAAGAAGUAUAUAUUUUAAACCUUUUUAUGUAGUAAAUCCAUGAAUACUUACACAACUUAGUGGAAUAAACAACUAGUGCAAUGAAAUAGGCCAGAACAAUGAUAAAAUAAGAAUAAAUGAAUAUCUGGAAUAUUACUAUUGAU